UUGUUUUCUGGCGUGACGACUCGCGCAUUCACGUAGUGAAUCUCGCAUAUUCGCGAUAUUAUCAAGUCCACCUAGUAUGUCGGAGAUAACGCAAACCGUGACGAAAAGCCCGAAAAGAGACGGCGAGGUUGGUCGUACCAUUAGUACUUAUCUGGAACUCCUCGACGUUCUCUGCGACAACGUACAGAUUCCUUUCGAUCCUGAGAGCCACGGACUCCCCGCGGAUUUCCAAUUAACGAAAUUCGGCGAUCCGCUGAGAAAGAGCUUGCAAUUGAAACAACAGGAGAGACAGUUGCUACUUGAUCUCUUUCAUGGAAAAGAGGAUGAAAAAACGAAUUCUGACAUGCCAAUGUGCAUCGACGAGGACACUCGCGUGACAAGGUUGGACGAAAUCGGCGGCAUGAUGCUGGUAGAGACGUUCAACGUUAUUCCCGCCGUCGUCGAUGAUCCUUAUGUGAUGGGCAAAAUUGCUUACGCCGUUGCCCUCGGUGGCAUUUGUUCAAUGGGCCUCGCCAGAUGUUCCAGCACCAGGAUGAUCCUGGGCAUUUCCAACGUUAUGAAAGAUGAGGAGAGGAAGACGGUGACGUCCAGGACGUUACAGGGCUACAUAGACGCGGCGAAGGCGGCGGGCACGUCCGUCAAGGACUGUCAAGUCUUCCAAAAUCCGUGGUGUUUAUUCGGCGGAACCGCCACGGUGGUGUGCUACCCUUACGAGAUAGUCCAGCCGGUAUAUGCUACCAUCGGUGAUGUCAUAGUGCUGACGAAGCCUCUCGGCACAACAAUGGCCCUCACUAUAUCGGAAUGGAUGCAGCAGCCUGAGAAGAAGAGCAAGCUAAUGCUGACCAUCACCGAGGAGAGCAUCGAGAGAGCUCGUUCCCGAGCCGUCGACUCUAUGAUCAGGACCAAUCAAGUCGCCGCUAUGCUCAUGCGAAAGUAUAACGCUCACGCCGCGUGUGAGGUGGGGCCUUACGGUGUCCUGGGCCACGCGGAUCUCCUGGCGCGACGGCAGAAGAACGACGUGGGCUUCACAAUCCACAAUAUGCCGGUGAUCGCGAGGAUGUGCGCGACCGCGAGGAUUACGGGGAGCAUGUUGCCGCUGCUGCAGGGCGAGAUGCCGGAGGUAUCGGGAGGGCUGCUGGUGGUGUUGCCGCGAGAACAAGCGGCCGCUUAUUGCAAGGCCCUGGAGAAGAUCGAGCACAGGCAGGCGUGGAUCAUCGGGAUCGUCGAGAAAGGCAAUCGCACGGCGCGCGUGAUUGAGAGGCCACGAGUAAUCGAGGUGCCUGCUAAGGAUAACGGUGUCUCUCUGUGCUCUUGGUGUCGGAACCGGUCCACGGACCCCUUGUAUACCCUGGAGGAGGAAACCGCGGCUCGCGAAGAGAGGACGCCGACGCCGGACGUCGUGGAGCCGGAGGAGACCGGUCACGACCACGACGAUCCGCAGGAGGAUGAUCCUUACGAGUACGACGAUGACAUCAGGCCGCCGGCGACCUCCGGCGAGCGUCGCGACAUCGACACCGACGACGACGACGACGAUGGGUGCCUGUCCUUGUUCGAGGCGGCGAAUUAUCUCGUCUCGGGUUCCUCGGUGCCGACAACGAAAGUCAGUGCACCCUGCUGGGGAUGCAAGGGCUGCGCCGUCGAGGGCUUGCCGUUGUUCCUCCUCGGCUCGCCGGCGGAGGCAUCCUGCACGUGCACCUCCUGUCAGUAA